UGUUCUCCCAUCACUGCACCAGAGGCCGAACUAGUCGCCAGUGACAAUCGAGACAUCGGGUCGACCACACCUGAACCACCAGAGAUUGUGUCUGCCCCUGCCUGCGAACUAGAGAUCCAUCUGACUCCUGACAGUGAUACUUCCAAUAUGGCUGACCCGGCCCCUGACGACAACAAGUUCCUAUUUCUCGAUAAUGAUUUCCGCAACAGUGGUGUGGCGCAAGCUGACUGGAUGGCCAAGAAGAUGGUGUGGGUGCCGUCAGAGAGGGAGGGCUUCGAGCCUGCCAGCAUCAAGGAGGAAAAGGGCGAUGAGGUACUGGUGGAGCUUCCCAACAGUCAGAUAGUGACAGUGAACAAAGAUGACAUCCAGAAGAUGAACCCGCCCAAGUUCAGUAAAGUGGAGGACAUGGCCGCCCUCACCUUCCUCAACGAAGCUUCUGUCCUCCACAACCUGCGAGAGAGAUACUUCUCUAGCCUGAUCUACACGUACUCUGGUCUGUUCUGUGUGGUGGUGAAUCCCUACAAGAUGCUGCCAAUCUACUCUGAAAAGAUCAUAGAGAUGUACAAGGGCAAAAAGCGCCACGAGGUGCCGCCACACAUCUACUCCAUCACAGACAAUGCCUACAGGAACAUGAUGCAAGACCGUGAGGAUCAGUCUAUUCUCUGCACAGGGGAGUCUGGAGCAGGAAAGACAGAAAACACCAAGAAGGUGAUCCAGUACCUGGCUGUCAUUGCCUCCUCUCACAAAGUCAAAAAGGAUGCAAAUCCUCAACCGCAGCAGCAACCGCAGCAGCAGCAGUCGGGGUCCCUGGCUUUCGGGGAGCUCGAGAAGCAGCUGCUGCAGGCUAAUCCGAUCCUCGAGGCGUUUGGAAAUGCCAAAACCAUAAAGAACGACAACUCCUCGCGAUUCGGAAAGUUUAUUAAACUCAACUUUGAUGUGACUGGUUAUAUUGUUGGCGCAAACAUCGACACCUACCUCCUGGAGAAGUCUCGCUGUAUCCGUCAGGGCGGCACAGAGAGAGCGUUUCACAUCUUCUACUACAUGGUGGCAGGAGCCAAAGACGCGACGAGGGAGGAGUUGCUGCUGGAGGACUUCAGCAGCUAUCGUUUCUUGAGGGCGGGUCACGUGGAGAUCCCUGGUCAGGAGGACGACGAGAUGUUCAUUGAGACUCUGGAGGCCAUGGAGAUCAUGGGCUUCACAGAGGAAGAGAGAAUCGGGAUGAUGAAGGUGGUGUCCACUGUGUUGCAGCUGGGCAACGUCAAGCUUGAGAAGGAGAGGAACAGCGAGCAGGCAACAAUGCCUGACAACACAGCUGCCCAGAAGGUGUGUCAUCUGCAGGGCAUAAAUGUGACCGACUUCACCCGUGCCAUCCUCACUCCCCGGAUCAAAGUGGGCAGGGAGGUGGUGCAGAAGGCUCAGACCAAGCAGCAGGCUGAUUUUGCAGUGGAGGCUCUGGCUAAAGCCAUGUAUGAGCGUCUCUUCCGCUGGAUCCUGGCGAGGGUCAACAAGACCCUGAACAAGAGUAAGAGACAGUCGUCCUCCUUCCUCGGGAUCCUGGACAUUGCCGGUUUUGAGAUUUUCGAGGACAACUCUUUCGAACAGCUCUGCAUCAACUACACCAACGAGCGUCUGCAGCAGCUCUUCAACCACACCAUGUUUGUCCUGGAGCAGGAGGAGUAUAAGAGGGAGGGAAUACAGUGGAGCUUCAUCGACUUCGGCCUGGACCUGCAGCCCUGCAUCGAGCUCAUCGAGAGGCCGAACAACCCUCCAGGUAUCCUGGCCCUGCUGGACGAGGAGUGCUGGUUCCCCAAAGCCACUGAUGUUAGCUUUGUGGACAAGCUGCUGAACACCCAUAGCGAUCACGUCAAAUUCUCCAAACCCAAACAACACAAAAAUAAAAUGAUGUUCGCUAUUCUGCACUAUGCUGGAAAGGUUGACUAUAACGCAGCUGACUGGCUGACAAAGAACAUGGAUCCUCUGAAUGACAAUGUGACGGCUCUGCUCAAAAACUCCUCUAGCAACUUCAUCCAGGAUCUGUGGAAAGACGCGGAUCGAGUGGUGGGUCUGGAGACCAUGACCAAGAUGUCCGAGAGUUCGGCUCCUACUAAAUCCAAGAAGGGCAUGUUCCGCACAGUGGGUCAGCUGUACAAAGAGUCGCUGGGCAAACUGAUGACCACGCUGCACAACACACAGCCCAACUUUGUCCGCUGCAUCAUCCCCAACCAUGACAAGAGGGCUGGGAAGAUGGAUGCUAAUCUGGUGCUGGAGCAGCUGAGGUGUAACGGGGUGCUGGAGGGAAUUCGAAUCUGCAGACAGGGAUUCCCCAACCGCAUCGUGUUCCAGGAGUUCAGACAGAGGUAUGAGAUUCUGGCUGCCAACGCCAUCCCUAAAGGCUUCAUGGAUGGGAAACAGGCCUGUUGUCUGAUGGUAGAGCACCUGGAUCUGGAUCCUAACCUGUUUCGUAUCGGUCAGAGUAAGAUGUUCUUCAGGACGGGAGUUCUGGCUCAGUUGGAGGAGGAGAGAGACAUCAAACUCACCGUUGUCAUCAUCGCCUUCCAGGCACAAGCAAGAGGCUUCCUGGCCCGAAAGGCUUUCAGUAAACGUCAGCAGCAGCUGAGCGCCAUGAAGGUCAUCCAGAGAAACUGUGCCUGUUAUGUUAAACUCAAGAACUGGCAGUGGUGGAGGCUUUUCACCAAGGUGAAGCCCCUGCUGCAGGUGACCAGACAAGAAGAGGAAAUGGGUCAGAAAGACGAGGAACUAAAGACGGCAAAAGAAGUGGCAGCAAAGACCGAGGCCGAACUGAAGGACAUCUCCCAGAAACACAUCCAGAUAAUCGAGGAGCGAACCCAGCUGGAGCUUAAGCUACAUGCAGAGACGGAGCUGUACACUGAGGCUGAGGAGAUGAGGGUGAGACUGGAGGCCAAGAAACAGGAGCUGGAGGAGGUGCUGCAUGAGAUGGAGGCUCGGCUGGAGGAGGAGGAGGAGCGCAACAGCGCUCAUCAGCAGGAGAAGAAGGAGAUGGAACAGCAGCUACAGCUCAUGGAGGAACACAUCGCAAAAGAGGAAGAUGCUCGGCAGAACCUGCAACUGGAGAAAGUGGCCAUGGAGGGAAAAGUCAAGAAAAUGGAGGAGGACAUCCUGCUGAUGGAGGACCAGAACAUCAAACUACAGAAGGAGCGGAAGCUUCUUGAGGAGAGGAUGGCUGACACAAACUCUAACCUGGUUGAGGAGGAGGAGAAGUCCAAGAACCUGACCAAACUCAAGACCAAACACGAGUCCAUGAUCUCUGACCUUGAGGUGCGUAUGAAGAAAGAGGAGAAGGGUCGUCAGGACAUCGAGAAGGCCAAGAGAAAAGUGGAGGCAGAGUUGGCCGACCUCCAGGAGCAGUACGCCGACCUGCAGGCUCAGCUAGCUGAGCUCCGGGCCCAGCUGGCCGCCAAGGAAGAGGAGCUCCAAGCCACACAGGCCCACUUGGAGGAGGAGAUCAAUCAUCAUGGGGCAGCGGUCAAGCGGAUUCGGGAGUUGGAGGCUUUGCUCAAUGAGCUGCAGGAGGACUUGGAGGCCGAGAGGUCAGCCAGGGCGAAGACCGAGGCAGCUCGCAGAGACCUCGGGGAGGAGCUGAACGCGCUGCGCACCGAGCUGGAGGACAGCCUGGAUACCACCGCUGCUCAGCAGGAGCUACGGGCAAAGCGCGAGCAAGAGGUCGCUAUAUUGAAGAAAGCCAUGGAGGAGGAGGGACGGAGCCACGAGACUCAAGUCCAGGAUUUGAGACAAAAACAAAGUCAGGCUGUGGAGGAGCUCAAUGAGCAGCUGGAGCAGGCCAAGAGGGUGAGGGCCGGUCUGGAGAAAGCCAAGCAGGCCCUGGAGAAGGAGUCAGCGGAUCUGAGCGCCGACCUGCGAUCCCUUGCCAGCGCCAAACAGGACGUGGAGCACAAGAAGAAGAAGGUGGAGGGUCAGCUGAACGAACUGCACUCACGCUUCAAUGAGAGCGAGCGGCAGAGGACUGAGCUGGGCGAGAGAGUCUCCAAGAUGAAUCUGGAGCUGGAUGGUGUGACAGGUCUGUUGAAUGAGGCCGAGGGAAAGAGCAUCAAGCUGAGUAAAGACGUCUCCAGUCUGUCCUCUCAGCUCCAGGACGCACAGGAGCUGCUGUCAGAGGAGACUCGUCAGAAGCUGAAUCUGUCCGGACGUCUCCGUCAGAUGGAGGACGACAGGAACAGCUUGAUAGAGCAGUUGGAGGAGGAGACAGAGGGCAAAAGGGCCGUGGAGAGGCAGGUCUCCAGCCUCAACAUGCAGCUGUCUGACUAUAAGAAGAAGCUGGACGAGAUGUCGGGGGUGGUGGAGUUGCUGGAGGAGGGGAAGAAGCGUCUGCAGCGGGAGCUGGAGGCGACAAACAAUGACUAUGAGGAGAAGGCCUCGGCCUACGACAAGCUGGACAAGAGCCGAGGCCGAAUGCAGCAGGAGCUGGAGGACGUCCUCAUGGACCUGGACAGCCAGCGGCAGCUUGUCUCCAACCUGGAGAAGAAGCAGAAGAAGUUUGAUCAGAUGCUGGCAGAGGAGCGAGCCGUGUCCUGUAAGUUUGCAGAAGAGCGGGAUCGUGCGGAGGCGGAGGCGAGGGAGAAGGAGACACGGGUGUUAGCUCUGGCCAGAGCUCUGGAGGAGAACCAGGAUGCUCUAGAGGAGGCGGAGAAGAUCAUGAAGGCGCUCCGAGCUGAAAUGGAGGACCUCAUCAGCUCCAAGGAUGACGUGGGAAAGAGUGUCCACGAUCUGGAGAAGGCAAAGCGUGGCCUGGAGGCCAUCGUGGAUGAGAUGAGGACACAAAUGGAGGAACUGGAGGAUGAGCUGCAGGUCGCUGAGGAUGCCAAGCUGCGUCUGGAGGUCAACACUCAGGCCCUCAGAGCUCAGCACGAGAGGGAGGUGCAGGCCAGAGAUGACAUGGGCGAGGAGAAGAGGAAGCAGCUCCUCAAACAGGUGCGUGAGCUGGAGGCGGAGCUGGAGGAGGAGAGGAAGCAGCGAGGUCAGGCAUCAGCCGGGAAGAAGAAGCUUGAGGGGGAAGUCAAGGACAUGGAGGACCAGCUGGAGGCCACCAACAGGGGGCGUGACGAGGCAGUGAAGCAACUCCGCAAGAUCCAGGGGCAGAUGAAGGAUCUCCAGAGGGAGCUGGAGGACUCUCGUGCAGCCCAGAAGGAAGUGAUCACUUCGGCCAGAGAGUCUGAGCGGAGAUCCAAGGUCAUGGAGGCCGACAUCAUCCAGCUGCACGAGAUGUUGGCAGCAGCUGAGAGAGCUCGAAAGCAGAUGGAGGCAGAAAGAGACGAACUUCAUGAAGAACUAGCCAAUAACUCCUCUGGAAAGAAUAUGCUGUCUGACGAGAAGCGUCGUCUGGAGAUGAAGAUCAGUCAGCUGGAGGAGGAGCUGGACGAGGAGCAGGCCAACAUGGAGAGCCUCAACGAGAGGCUGAGGAAGAACCAGCAGCUGGUGGAGCAGCUGGGCGCUGAGCUGACGGCUGAGAGAUCCUCCGCUCAAAGCAGGGAGGCUUCCAGGCAGCAGCUGGAGAGACAGAACCGAGAGCUGAAAGCCAAACUGCAGGAGGUCGAGGGCCAGGGCCGCUCCAAACUCAAAUCCUCCAUCGCUGCCCUGGAGACCAAGCUGAGAGAGGCCGAGGAGCAGCUUGAGAUGGAGAGCAGAGAGCGCCAGGCCAAUGGCAAGAAUCUGCGUCAGAAAGAGAAGAAGCUGAAGGAUUUCACAAUCCAGAUGGAGGAUGAGAGGAAGCAGGCGCAGCAGUACAAGGACCAGAUGGAGAAGGGCAACGUGCGGCUGAAGCAGCUGAAGCAUCAGCUGGAGGAGGCGGAGGAGGAGGCUCAGCGUGUGGUGGCAGCUCGCAGGAAACUGCAGAGGGAGCUGGACGAGGCGACAGAGGCCAACGAUGCCAUGAACAGAGAGGUGUCGUCACUCAAGAGCAGACUGAGGCGUGGUGGCAGUGGCGGGGAGGCAAUGUUCGCCAGCUCCAGCCCUCGGAGCAGCAGCGGUGGCGGCAGCAUCAGGAGCUUUGGGUUGGGAGGGAGCAUCAGCCGGAGGAGCGUCAUCAGAGAGAACUCAAUGGAACUGCAGGAGGACGAGCCCCCGUCCCCGUCUCCCCCUGCCUGCACCUCCCCUCUGAACGAACGUGGGGAGGUCUACACCCCCGAUUAGUAAAGGGACCCCCUCUGAUUUGAUUUCGCUCAAGUUAAAUGUUGACCACAUGUUUCAGGAAUAUUUUUACACUUAAAUUAAAUAUUAAUUUGUUUUUAUUUAACACAAAAACACAUGACGCUCCUGUAUAUUUUGGUUUGAAAGAUAUAUUUAAAAUAUUAAUGCCAACGUGACAUUCUGAUCAUACAUUCGCUAUUAA